AGACAAACUGUUGCAGGUACGCUGCUGACGCACCUCAGUUCAGCCCUCCCUUCUGGCAAGGCAGGGCUUAUUGUGCGACGCGCUGAAGCUGUUUCUCUCCCCAGAACAGAAGCGCCUCCUGCUUAUCAGGCCAAACGCGCUUUGUACUCAAGGCAACCUGCGCGUAAAGUCGUAUUUUCGGCAGAGAAAUGGGAACAGACUCUCCUUUGUUGUUAGCUUCAGUCUCUCUUCUGUCUGCCCUGCACAUGGCCUACUUGGCUCGGCGAGUUGGUUUGUCCAGGUUGGCCCACAAAGUCCUGCCUCCUUCUGUCUCUGGACCUCCAGAGUUUGAGAGGAUCUUCCGUGCGCAUCAGAACUGUGUGGAGUGUUACCCUCUGUUCCUGGUCGUCAUGUGGACCUGUGGCAUGUUCUUCAGCGAGGUGACCGCAGCUGCAGGAGGGCUGGUCUACAUCGUCGCCCGACAAAUCUACUUCCAGGGCUAUGUGAAGUCCAACGAGAGCAGAUUGCCUGGUUUCUACCUGACUCUGGCUGUCUUUUUCACUAUGUCUCUGCUGGCUUUGAUUGGAAUUCUACGUGGGAUAUUACACAAGUACUUUGACAUCCAUAUGUGAAGAGUUCACUUCCACCUAAUUGUGUAGAACAACCAGUUAAACACACACACACACUCUGCUGUCAUGCUGAGUCAGUGUGAAUAAAUUAAAUAACUUAGUCUGAUUAAAUUAAUGCAAGCAUA